AUGCUGUGCAUAUACGUUGCAGAAAGUCAAAUCCCCGAACGGGGUUCCAAGAAGCCUUUGGAGGGGCUUACAGAGAUGGACUUGAGCCAGCUGCUAAUCGCGACAUGCACGGCCUGUGUUAUCUCACGCCCGAAGCCAGGUGAAGCCACACAUAUAAUUGCUCUCGAUUGUGAAUACGUUGGAGGUGGAACAGAUGGCAGAGAUGAUCUCCUUGCCAGGGUGUCAAUUGUGAACGAGGAAGGAAAGAUUGUAUACGACAAAUAUGUUAAACCGAGAGAACGGGUUACAGAUUUUCGUACAAGUGUAAGCGGUAUUCGACCAGAAAACAUUGCAAAAGGCUUGCCGUUUGGUGUCGUUCAAAUGGAAGUGGCUAAAAUUCUGAAGGACCGUGUUGUUGUCGGCCAUGCACUGAACAAUGACUUUCGAGUUCUGAAUUUCACUCAUAAUAGCAAAUUAACUCGUGACACAGCUAAAUGUCACUUACUUCGGAAGAUGGCUAACUGCAAUGGAGUGAGUUUUUUUUACGCUUCGUGA